AUGUCUGAAGAUCAGAACGCAACCACCGGAAAUGAUGACGAAAAGAAAGUGACGUCAGAAAAUGUCCGUCAAAUGAAGGCUGUGACCUUGACGGGUUUCGGUGGGAUCAGGAUGGUGAAAGUUCAACAGAGACCAGAAAGUAAGCCUGGGCCUGGAGAGAUAUUGAUCAGAGUGAGGGCAGGGGGCAUCAACUUUUCAGACCUGAUGGUGAGACAGGGUGUGAUUGAGAACCCCCCAAAGACCCCCUUCAUCAUGGGAUUUGAAUGUUCGGGCGAGGUCGAAUCGCUUGGUGAAGGUGUUAACGGUUUCUCGAUUGGCGACAGAGUCAUCGGUAUAUCGGACUACAAGUGUUGGGCUGAGUCGGUAUGCUGUGGCGAGUCAUUCGUCUACAAGAUUCCGACUGGUAUGUCGUUUGAGGACGCGGCAGCCAUCUUCUUCAACUACGUCACUGCUUACAUUCUGCUGUUUGACAUCGCCAAUUUGAGACCGCACCAGUCGGUGCUAGUCCAUUCGGCAGGCGGUGGAGUGGGAGUAGCAGUUUCCCAGUUGUGUCGCACGGUUGAAGGCGUGGUGCUAUUUGGAACUGCAUCCAACUGCAAACAUGAAUCCAUUAAGAACAUGUACGAUCACCUUCUAGAUCAUUCCGUCGAUUACGUACAGGAAGUUAGGAAAAUCAGCCCUGAGGGUGUGGACAUAGUGCUGGACAGUUUGUGCGGCGAGGAUACAAACAAAGGAAUAUCCCUCCUGAAACCGCUCGGAAAAUACGUUCUAUAUGGAUCCUCAAAUAUCGUGACUGGCGAGACCAAGAGUUUCUUCAGCUUUGCCAAAUCAUGGUGGCAGAUGGACAAGAUAAGCCCAAUUCGUCUGCACGACGAAAACAAGACAACUUCCGGCUUCAAUCUGCGUCACUUCCUGUUUAAACAAUCCGGAGCGGAAAGAGUAAAAGUGGUCCUGGAAAAGAUUUUUAAUCUGUACAAUAAGGGGAAGAUUAAGCCAAUCAUUGAUUCAGUUUGGGCCUAUGAGGAUAUAACUGAAGCCAUGCAGAAGAUGCAUGAUCGAAAGAACGUUGGAAAGCUCUUGUUAGAUCCCAAGAUGGAGAGCAAGAAUAAGAACGAGAAAGUUCCGGAAAGUCCCAAGAAUAAUGAGACACCGAAAUAAUUUUUCCUCAUCAUCAUCAGUAUCUUUAGCAUCUUAAUCACCAUUAUCAUCAUCAUCAUCGUCAUCGUCGUCGUCGUCUUAAUCAUCAUCACCAACAACAAUAACAUCAUCAUUAUCAUCAUCAUUAUCGUUAAAAACUUAAUUGUUAUACAAUUGAAUGUGUUCAUAAAUAAAUAAUUAAUAAUAACUAAUAAAAAUUUUUUACGAGCGAUCGAAGGAUUGAAUGAAUUGUGGAUAAAUAGAUAAAUGAAUGAUUGAAUAAAAGAAUCACUAUCAAUCUAUCUAUCUAUCUCUCUUGAUAUCAUUUCGUAGUUUUUGUGUUUCGAGAGAGAACUUAGUGCUGUUGUUGUGUAGUCGUUAUUUGAGAUGAUUUGUGAUCAAGAUUUGAUACCGCGGUAACAAAUUAUAUAACAAUGAUAUCCUUUGUAUUUGAAUUACUACUACUACUUCUACUUCUUCUUCUACUACUACAACUACUUCUACUACUACUACUAUACUACUUCUACUACUACUACUAUACUACUACCAAUAAUAAUAAUAAUAUUCUUAUUAUUAAAAAGUGUACAAUUUUGUGUUAUAAAAUGUGAUAUAUAUAUAUAUAUAUAUAUAUAUACUUUCUAAUUAAUACAUGGAUUUACAUUUUAAAACCGUUCCUAAAUGUUUUGCUUGAACGCACACACACACACACACACACACACACACACACACACACACACACACACACACA